UUGGUAGAGAAUUGUGUCUUGGUCUACAUAAUGCGCUCAAAAAGCAACGCGUAGACUAGUGCUCGGCUAUGAGGGUUGAGGCCUCGAGAGAGAUGGGCAAAGGUAUUUAAAUAGAAGAUGUCUUGGUGUUAUAUAUCUGUUAACCUACCUCGAGUUGAAGCAAUGACGUAUUAUGUGACCAAAAGUACAAUUUGUGAUGGAGCAUGCAGGGUCCUAUGUAGAAGGAUUAAUUUCGAUCCAAAUCAUGGGCUGGUGGCUGAUCAGCCCUCGAGCAGAGGAGUUGGCGGUCCAAAUCCAAUUCCGAAAUUUCUGAUCGAGUUUCAGUUGAGGAGAGCUCCGUCGGUAAGAAUCCCGUAUUGGAUGCGAGGAUGAUUGAUGAUGCUGAUGAUAUCUUGGACCCUUUUUUUGCUUUCUGUUUGUUGCCAAUAUGUCAGAGAGGCCUAUUAUGCCACUAGAGAGAGGCUGGCUAAUAAUCUACCUGCAAGCGAAUUUGAUGAUAGUUGUUGUACCCGAAAGGCUGGGGAUGGCCAUGAUAAGGUUCAAGAAUAGUUGGCAUCGGGGUUUUUUUACAAGGACGGAAAGAUGAUUUUGAUGGU